UUGUCUGUCCACCUACGCUUAUACAUGACGUCAGCAAACAUGGUGGAUAUGGGAUGUCUGUUUGUUUACCGGUGACACUUGAGUCCAACUAAAUUCUUCCAUUUCUCAAACCUCCCCAACGCCCAACCAUGGCUACUCGGAGUUUAACUGAAGUUUUUAUAUUAAUGCGGAAUAAUGCACUUCAAAGUCGACAUAUAUUUUCCGAACAAGUUGCUGAUGACCGAAUGGCCCUUGUGGCCAAUUCCCAAAUGGAUUUGGAGUUGGGUCUCAACAGCACUAAGGCAGCACGACUGCCUCCAGUAUGGGUUGAUGGUGUUGAAGAAGUACAAUAUGAAAUAUCUCGGAUUAAACAAAAAAUGAAGGAACUGACAGUUCUUCAGGUCAGACACUUGAACCUACCCACCAUGGAUGACAGUAUUGAUGAGGAGCAUGUCAUACAAAUCCAAACGCAGGAAAUCACCCAGAUUUUCACUCAUUGUCAGAAUCUGAUUCAUCAAAUUAGCCGGCGCAGUAAAAGUGGAACACCACAAGAGAUUAAACUGUGCAAAAAUAUUGUUUCUUCUUUAGCCAGAACUAUUCAAGAAAUGUCAACCAACUUUAAAAGGUGUCAGUCGUCAUAUUUGCAGCGGCUAAAGAUGAGAGAGGACCGAUCUCAGCAGUACUUUGAUGCCAAUAUCAAUGCUGAUUCUGGCCUUUUUAAUGAUGAUCUGUUACUAGAGGAAGAGAUUUAUGAUAAGAGUUUCACAAGUGCCCAGAAGCAGCUUGUUGAAGACAACAGUGUUUUAAUCCAACAAAGAGAGAACGAAAUCAUCAAAAUUGUCUCAUCCAUCCAAGACUUGAAUGAAAUUUUCAAAGAUUUAUCCACUAUGAUAGUGGAUCAGGGUACUAUAUUAGAUCGUAUUGACUACAAUGUAGAAAUGGCCAAUGUUCAGGUGGAAAAAGGUUUGGUACAACUAAAGAAGGCUGAGACACAUCAAAAGAAGAGCAGAAAAAUGCUAAUAAUAACUGUUCUUUCAAUUAUCAUUAUCAUUCUCAUCAUUAUAUUGAUUGCCGUUAAACAUUAAGGUAAUGCUGCAGACAAUCACAUUGCUGAACUCACUCCAUACAGACACUGAUUUAUUUUCUACUAUAUAUCUUUUACUCUACAUUACAAGGCACCAUUUACUGCUGUGUGUCUUUCUAAUUCAUACCCUUUCCUUCAAUAAUAGUUAAAUCCUAUUAUAUCUGCUUAAGCAAUUAGCUAUGUUCAGCAUAAACUGAGGUUAAUAUCAGUGAGUUAGCCAGAAACAUUGUCUUCCCACUGGGUACACAGAUCUCAUUGUCAUAUUAAAACAAGCCAGUUGCCAGUCAGUGGGAUGGAAAAUUAAAGUCAGUUGAAAUAACACUUUAACUGUAUGUAUGUGCAUGCACAUCUGACAAAGCAACAGUGAAAAAUAUUUUUAAAUAAAUGUGAAGGGAAUAUCCACAACAGUUUGAUUCCACCAGGCUUCACAUUGUAAGCACAGCAAAAAGGCAUGAUUAUUGAAACAAGUGUAUAUAAUAUAUACUUCUGGCUUUCUGUAUCAUCUCAAAGAUUAUUGCCUUUUAUAUUAUUUAAACUUUAUUCUAUUUAAUCCAAUAUUUCUCAAAUAUAAGGUAAUUUAUUUAUUAAUUUAUAGUAUAGUAUUGUUACAUUUCAAAUGCGAAAUUUUCUACAAAAAUGCUAACAUUUUAUCAGCUAAAAUAUAUGUGCUAAAUUUCUUGCAUAAAAUGUAGAAAAAUCUGAAGAUUUUGAAAAUGAAUUUAAAAAGCAACUGCUUGAAUAUACAGAUACUCUUUUGUUAUUCUACUAAAAAAAAAAGAUAAAAAUGGUGCACCAACAUGCUGGUUUGGGGGACCAACAGUUUAUUUAUUAUACAUAUGUGUCACCUAAAAAAUACUGUAAAGGUGAAAUACUGGCUGGAUGAACAAUUUACUGAAUCACCAAUUUCAUGCUUACAUUUUUGUGAAUUAGAAAUUUUUGUUCUUUUUAUAUUUGAGAAAUUUUAUUAUAGAGAAAGGCUGUGGUUCUGUGCAUGAAGCAAGAAUGUUGUUAUGUACUUGUGUGUGAAGUGAGAGUGUUGUUUACUUGUGUAUAAGGUAAAGUGUACAUGUGAAGAAUUAGCAAAAACUUUUGACAUUUCCAGACACAUUUUUUUUAAAACUUGUUUUUAAUUUUUCUAGUAUUGUGAAAGUGUAAUUAGAUAGCAGCUAGUAAAUGUUACCACGCCUUAGUGGCAUUGCAUUCUGGUUAGAUACCAACUGAUAAACUCUACCACUUAUUGGUAUAAGCAGUAUUGUUACACAACAACAAGUAAACUGCUUUGCUUGUGUAGAAAAUAUUAACUACCAUCUAGUAAACAACACAACUUUAGAUUGGUGAACUGUAUUCCUCUAUACUGGUAAGAGCAAUGUGAUAACAACAGCUGGCAUUUACUGGAUAUAUAUAUAUAUAUAUAUAUAUAUAUAUAUAAUAUCAUUAUUGUAGAGUAAAUGUCUCUUUUCUGAUUUUUUUUUCCAGUCAGCUAAUUACUGAUCUACUUAAGACUUUGAGUACACCAACCUGGUGAAUUCAGAUUGAUUACAGUGAUGUUUUUUUUUAUUUUAAAAAGAAACUUGUUGAAUAUCCUGAAUAGCAGCCUUCUCCCAAAACUGAGGGAAUUAGUGUAAGAUUAGUGUUUGUUUUCCUCUUCUACUGGAUAAAACUUUGAGCUAGAGAAAUAUCUUGAUGUUGUGCAUCUAAAUUUGCACAUGUAAUCAAGUACUUUAGCAUAGCGAAUGUGAGUGGGUGUUAUUUUGAAAAAAAUCUUCAUCGUUUCUCUAUAUUUUUGUAUAUAAUUGUCAUGGGUGAUGUACCAUAUUUAAUAAUGAAGAUUUUAUGAAAAUGAAGAAUUUUAAAUCUUAA